AAGCACAAAAAGGCGCACGCUCACAAUUCACCUUAUUGUUUUGAUUUGUUGAGCAGUUUUCCAGGCGUCUUCUUGGUCGCUAGUGUUCGUCAGCAGUCCUGAUCGGCGCGGGAUGGUGGAGACGCUGAGCAUCGCCGUCAUCGGAGCGCCUGGAGUCGGGAAAACUUCUAUCAUCCGUCAGUUUAUUUACAGUGACUUCUCCGAGACGUACACCCCCACCCAAACGCGAUACGUGCACAGACCCUCGGUCAUUCUUAACGGUGUUAUGUACGACCUGAAGAUUUUGGAUGUCCCGCCAAUAUCCUCCUUUCCUUCAAGCCCAAGUCAGGAGUGGCUGCAUGCGCGGUGUAGAGGGGUCCGCAGCGCAAACGCCUACAUUCUGGUCUAUGACAUCUGCUGUGUGGAGAGCUUUGAGUAUGUCAAGAUGAUCCGACAGCAAAUUGUGGAUAACCGAGUGGGCAGCAGUAGUGAGGUGCCCAUCCUGGUGGUGGGCAGUAAGCGGGACCUUCAGCGGCAUCGGUUUACCCAGCGCAGGGCCGUGUCUGUCCUGGUGAAGAAAACCUGGAAGUGCGGCUAUGUUGAGUGCUCUGCUAAGUAUAACUGGCAUGUGCUUCUGCUCUUCAAAGAGCUCCUGGGAAUAGCCGUGGCACGAGGACUGCGUCCGAACCACACCUCUAUCCGUCUCCACGGGGCAUUGCAGAGGAACCGCUGUAAUGUCAUGUGACAGAUAUGUAGCCUUUUUUGAAUUUAUGCUUAUUUAGGACCAGUUUGUUUUAU